GUAUCUUAAAGUCUUUUAACUUCAUUCAAACUUCGAAGAUCAUAAAAUAGUUUACUGCUUCCUAAACCAAGGAAAGCAGAUGAUUUUUCAGAUGAUUGAAUGGGUUAAUGGUUUGCGUGAUUUCUAAUGCAAUCCGAGUCCAACCAUACCGAGCCAGGUAGUUUGUGAAACGUACCGGCCCAGUCUUUGGACAUUCUCCUACGUUGUCAGUAUCUGGUUCUGCUUAUUUAAAACCCCGCCUCUCUCUCUUCAAAAGAGCCAGAACUCCAAGUCCUGCAGCUUCUUCUGUGACUCUGUCCUCUCUCUCUUUCUCUCUCUCUAGCACGAACUUGAGGAACCAACUUUCCUCUCUCUUAAUUUUUGGUUGCCUCACCAGAAGCCAUGAAGAACGAAAUGGGGAGGAACUCUUCCUCCUUGAAGCUCCUCAUCCUUUUGCUCUCUCUCUUUCUCUCUGUAGGAUCAUCCGCCUUUGAGGAGGAGGAGAAGAACCAAGAGAAAGGUGCCCUUCUGUCCUUCAAGAGCAUGCUAGACGCCCACCCUCCGUUCCUCUCUGGGUGGUCGUCUUCCAUUCCUCAUUGCCAGUGGAGUGGGGUGCUCUGCUCAGAGGAAGGAAGAGUCGUAUCUCUGUCGCUUCCGUUACUGUCUCUAGGUGGAACACUCUCUCCAAACAUUUCCUCUCUUCAGCGACUACAGAACCUGAACCUCACGUGCAAUGAAUUUCGAGGGAAGGUUCCUCUAGAGAUAUGGUCUCUGAAGCAUCUGACCACGCUCGACCUCAGCCUGAACCAAUUUUCUGGCGAGCUCCCUUCGGAGGUUGGCAUGGUCACCUCUUUGGAGUCUCUGGUGCUCAACAACAAUUUGUUCGCCGGAAAAGUCCCGCUGGAAAUGGGAAACCUCCGGAGCCUCACGUAUCUCGACCUUGGCAGCAAUGCGUUCACCGGUGCCCUGCCGCCAGACCUUGGAAACCUCUCUGCCCUUGUCUAUCUCGAUGUCUCGAACAACCUCAUCUCCCGUGAGCUCUCCCCGUUGCUUCUGAAGGGUCUCAAGGCAUUAACUGUCCUGGACGUGGCAAACAACUCCUUUUCCGGCAGCAUACCUCCGGAAAUCGGCCUACUGUCGAAUCUGACGAGCCUUUCUCUCGACGCCAACAAGUUCUCCGGCUACCUUCCGGCGGAAAUUGGGAAACUGGUCAAUCUGAAGCUCUUCUCUGCGACGUCUUGCUCGCUCAGAGGCCCCUUGCCGGAGCAGAUUGCCGAUAUGGUGUCCCUGCAAAAGCUCGAUCUUUCGAACAACCCUCUGAAAUGCUCCAUCCCUAAAUCGAUAGGGAGAUUGAAGAAUCUCACUAUCUUAAAUUUAGUUUCUUCGGAACUCAACGGCUCGAUUCCUAGUGAGAUAGGAAGCUGCUUAAAUUUGAAAACUCUGUUGCUGUCUUUCAAUUCUUUGACUGGUGGAUUGCCCGGGGAGCUUGCAGAAUUGCCAAUGGUGACCUUCUCGGUCGAGAGAAACCAACUGAGUGGCGUUUUGCCUUCUUGGUUGGGAAAAUGGACGACGGUAGACGCUCUUUUACUUUCUGCUAAUAAGUUCGAGGGAGAAAUUCCUCCUGAGAUUGGAAACUGCUCCUCUCUUACCCAGCUUAGCUUGAGCCGCAAUGCUCUGACUGGGUCUAUCCCACCGGAAAUCUGUAAUGCGCAGAUGCUCAACGAGGUCGACCUCGAGAGCAAUGGUCUUUCAGGUGAUCUCGGGCAGAGGUUUGCUGAAUGCCGGAAUCUAACUCAGUUGGACUUGGUGAACAACCAGAUCACAGGAAAAAUUCCUGAAUACUUUGGUGAUCUUCCUCUGGCUGUUAUCGAUCUCGACAUGAACAAUCUCACUGGGGCGAUGCCGGAUAGUCUGUGGAACUCGCCUAGCUUGAUCGAGUUCUCAGCUGUGAACAAUCGUCUUGAAGGCCAUCUCUCGGGCCUAAUUGGAAAUGCAGUCUCACUGCAGAGGCUCGCUCUCAGUGGCAAUCGUUUGAAGGGUGUGAUACCAAAAGAGAUUGGCCGCCUUCAGUCGCUAUCUGUUCUGUCCCUGAAUUCCAAUAUGCUGGAGGGGAGAAUUCCGGCCGAGCUCAGCAACUGUUCUUCGUUAACAACCUUGGACGUCGGCAACAAUUCUCUCAACGGGACUAUUCCGGUGGAAUUAAGCAACCUUACGCAGUUGCAGUGCCUGGUUUUGUCCCAUAACCAGCUUACUGGUUUGAUCCCAGGCGAGGGCUUGAAAUUUUUUCAGCAAUUUGAUAUGCCUGACUCGAGCUUUGUUCAGCACCAUGGUGUUUUCGAUCUUUCAUGGAACAGGUUGUCCGGCCGGAUCCCUGAAGAAUUAGGCAAGUGCAAUGUGGUGGUGGACCUUCUCCUGAACAACAACAGACUUUCCGGUGAAGUUCCGAGCUCUCUGUCUAAGCUCACCAAUUUGACUACUCUGGACCUGUCGGACAAUCACCUCACCGGCUUCAUCCCGUCUGCGUUGGGGGAUGCAGUCAAUCUUCAAGGGCUAUAUUUAGCUAAUAAUGAGCUCAAUGGCGGGAUUCCUGAGAGUUUAGGGAAUGCAAUCAACUUGGUGAAGCUGAAUUUGAGUGGGAACAGACUCUCUGGUAUCAUCCCAGAGAAGCUUGGAGAACUAAAAGAUUUAACUCACCUUGAUUUGAGCAACAACAGCUUGACUGGUAUGCUUCCUUCUUCACUUUCAGGUUUGGGUAAUAUGGUUGGACUAUAUGUUCAGCAGAACCAGCUGUCCGGCCCCAUUGACGAUCUGUUCUCCAACACCAUGGUGUGGAAGGUUGAAACUGUAAAUCUGAGUUUAAAUUCUUUCAGUGGAGAAAUUCCCCGGUCUCUCGGGAAUCUUUCCUUCCUGACUUAUUUGGAUCUUCGUCGAAACAAGUUCCUCGGAGACCUACCUCCUGAGAUCGGGAACCUGUCGCAGCUAUUGUACCUCGACGUUUCACAGAACAGUCUUAGUGGUCAGAUCCCUUAUUCUCUCUGUGGUCUCUUCAGUUUGGCUUACCUAAAUCUUUCUGAUAACCGAUUGGAGGGACCUGUCCCUAGAGAUGGUAUCUGCCAGAACUUCAGCAAGGCAUCCCUUUCAGGCAACAAAGAUCUCUGUGGAGGUCUUCUGGGUUUGGCCUGUGCUGGAAGGAAGAUUGGCCAGCCAAGGAUUUUGAAUGCUUGGGGGGUAGUAGGGAUCAUCGUAGGCAGCAUUCUGGUUGUGUUGAGUUUUCUCUACGUUACGAUGAGGUUGAAAUAUAAUGGUGACAAGGGUGUCACUGCGGAGGUGGAAGAUGAGAGCAAGCUGCACCAUGCGAGUGAUCAGAACCUCUCUUUUUUCAGUAGCAGAUCAAAAGAACCGUUGAGCAUAAACAUUGCCAUGUUUGAGCAACCGCUUCUCCGGCUUACAUUGGUCGACAUUCUCCAGGCUACCAACAAUUUCUGUAAGACCAACAUCGUCGGAGAUGGAGGAUUCGGGACUGUGUACAAGGCAGUUCUACCAGAUGGAAAGAUAGUUGCCGUCAAGAAGCUCAACCAGGCGAAAACGCAAGGCCACCGUGAAUUCCUUGCAGAGAUGGAGACACUGGGGAAGGUCAAGCAUAGGAACCUCGUUCCCUUGCUUGGCUAUUGCUCUUUUGGUGAAGAAAAGCUCUUAGUCUACGAAUACAUGGUAAAUGGGAGCCUUGAUCUAUGGCUGAGAAACAGAACCGGUGCUCUAGAAGCUCUAGAUUGGCCGAAGCGCCUGAAAAUUGCACUGGGUGCUGCAAAGGGUUUGGCAUUCUUACACCAUGGGUUCAUUCCACACAUAAUUCACCGUGACAUCAAGGCAAGCAACAUCCUUCUCGACGGCGACUUCGAGCCCAAGGUCGCAGAUUUUGGCCUGGCAAGAUUGAUCAGUGCCUGUGAAACUCAUGUUAGCACUGAUAUAGCUGGAACUUUCGGCUACAUCCCACCAGAAUAUGGACAGAGUUGGAGGUCUACUACCAGAGGAGACGUCUACAGUUUUGGGGUGAUUCUGCUCGAACUGGUGACGGGAAAAGAGCCAACAGGACCAGAUUUUAAAGAGGUUGAUGGAGGGAAUCUGGCCGGCUGGGUGUUUCAGAACAUCAAGAAAGGUCAUGCUACUGAGGUUAUUGAUCCAGCCAUAACAGACGGUACGUGGAAGCAAAAAAUGCUGCAGAUGCUGGAGAUUGCCGUUUCCUGCUUAUCAGAAAACCCUGUGAAGCGCCCGACCAUGUUGCAUGUUGUAAAAUGCCUGAAAGCAAUAGAGGAUGCAAGUUCAGCUCCCCUUUCCCCUGCCCUGGUUAUGUAGAGGGCGACUGAACUUCAGUUUUUUGCUAAACGUCUGUAAAUCUCUGCAAUUCUCUUCUGAGUGAUCGUUAUCUUUUUUCUUUUUGGGUCUUCUGAUGUAAAAGUUUGAAAAAUAUAGACGUGGAGCAGUACAA